AUGCGCACGUCCUCCGUCCCACGCAAGAACGAGCUCGGAACCGGGCUGCCAGUGGAGAUCUUAAUCGCGGGGCGAGCCCUCCCGCAGCCGCCGCCGGGCCAGGUCCUGGUUAAUUCCGAUAACGAACCAUCACACUGUGACAGCAAGCUGUCAUGUGAAGAAGGGGAAAGCGGUCCAUCCCAUGAGUCCAUCCAGGCUGUUUUUGAUCUUAAAGCUUUCCGACCAGUGAUGAACCUCAGCAAUCCCACAGUGACCAACAUCUCCUUCACACUGUAUGCUGUGCUCGGGGUGAAUGAGAAGACCCAGAUACUCACAACAUUCUUAUGGCUGAGACUGUACUGGCAUCACGAGUUUCUAGUUUGGAAUCCCGACAAAUGCGAUGGAGUCUCCAGGAUUUCUCUCCCCGUGAAAAAACUCUGGUCUCCAGAUAUCAUCGUCUAUGAAUUCGUGGAUGAUGACGUCUCGCAGGCUUGUCCGUACGUCUACGUCAACCACACAGGUCACAUUCGCUGGGACAGGAUGCUUCGUCUGGUCUCAGCCUGCAACCUGGAGAUCUUCAGCUUUCCUUUUGACGUGCAGAACUGCACUUUUACCUUUGGGUCCUACAUGCACACAAUACGUGACGUGAGGGUGAGCCCGGCACUGACCUUUGAAGAAAUGUCUGGGAACUCGAAGCGUUACCUGGAAGCCAGCGGAGAGUGGGAACUGGUGGACUUACUCGGAGAGGCCUCCAUCCUGCAGUUUGGGAUUGACGAAUGGGACAUCAUUACUUUCUGGGUCGUGAUAAAGCGACGCCCAGUGCUCUACGUGGUCAACCUGCUCAUCCCCAGCGCCUUCCUCAUGCUCAUCGACAUCCUGUCCUUCUACCUGCCCCCGCACAGUGUGGACCGGGCCUCUUUCAAGAUGACACUCAUCUUGGGCUACACCGUCUUCCUGCUGAUCAUGAACGACUUGCUGCCCAGCACCGCCAAUGGAACACCCAUCAUAGGUAUCUACUUCUCAGUGUGUCUCGCCCUCAUGGUCAUCAGUCUGCUGGAGACCGUCAUCAUUACCAAUGUUCUCCACAAUAACUCCAUGAAACACCAACAAGUCCCAGGGUGGGUGAGGCUGCUGGUCCUUAAACACAUCGCCCACCUCAUCUGUUACCGCCAGCAACCUCUCCACGCUAAUCAGGAAAAGCCUUCGGAACCUCCAGGUCAGCUCACCCAGUCACAAAGCAGGACGUCGAAUGAAAACCCGAUCAGCAAUGAAGUAGGAAGUACUGUGAUGGCGGAGCUCCAGCAGAUCUGUGAGCACCUGAGCGAGCUCCGUGCUCACCUGAGUUCGGUGCAGAAGGAGAACGAACUGCAGGAGCAAUGGUGCCACGUAGGGUACGUCCUUGACUUCCUGCUCUUCCGCAUCUAUCUGCUGCUCAUCUCCUGCUACGGCCUGGUCAUCAUCUCCAUGUGGUGCAUCUGGAUCAAUCCCGUUUAG